AUGGCACGUGGCAGUCUAUCAAAUGUACUUAAGAACAAAGGCAAAAUAUCUCUACGUCGAAAAGUCCAUAUGGCUAGACAGAUUGCUAGUGGAAUGCGAAAGAUUCAUGAACAUCACAUGAUUCAUCGAGAUAUUCGAUCGGAUAAUAUUUUGGUCAAUCAACAAUAUACCUGUAAAAUCGGUGACAUGGGUAUUGCACGUGUUGUAGAUCCAUUCAAUCAACAUACACGCAUUGGCUGUCAGCCUUUCAUGCCACCAGAAUUUCACAGUGGCACCUACGAUCAAAAACUCGAUAUUUUUACGUUUGGUCUAACCUUAAAUGAACUCUUUACUGAAACACAACAUAUCUUUCAAUUCUUGGGUAAAGAAAAGAUCGCCUUUCAAGAAGAGAGUCCGAUCUUUCAAGAUCUUAUCGCUCGAUGCACGGCCCAUGAUCCGAAGCAUCGACCAGCGGCGAUCGAAAUUGAAAAGACUCUAGAAUUGUAUGCUCAAGGUUUUGAUAUGAUCAUCCUGAAGAAAAAUCUUGGCUAUAUUCGCUUAUCUACUGAACAAAAGAAUCAAGUUUUCAUCAAAUUCUAUGAACAAUUCCACAAACCAGCAACGGAAUUCAUUCGAAAGAAAUUUCCAGCAGAAUUUUUAGAAGGACCAAAGUCUAUAGCUGGUGUGCGAGUUAAACAGGGUGGCAAUGAUGAACAACAAAUUAAUUGUCCUAUACAAUAG